AGUCGGUUUCCCUGCCUCUUCGUGACUGGAACGAAUGAAUGGCAGACUCGUCGCGCGUGAGCCUCUCGAUAGUUUGACCGUUUUCAAGUAGUGUCAUCCUAUCUUCUUCGCUACACAAUGAGGUUGCAAUCACUUAUCUUCGCGGUGGUCCUUCUGACCGUACAAUGCGUUUAUUCACAACGUGAAGAGCCACCUCUACCAGCGAUCCUGGAAAAUGUCGCGACGAGUGCGACUAAUUUUCUGACUGGAAUCAUGCGACGACAAACAGAACUGAUACACCGUGUGACGGACACUGCCUCGGAUUACAUCAGUAGCGCGGUGGAGAAGCCGAGGAACCUAUUAAUCAAUGCUACCAGAGCGACCACCGGCAUUAUUGACAGCGCAACAUCCAAGGGGCUCGAGUUCAAACUGAGGAGAUUCCUGGAAAAGUUUCGCGGUCGGAUGCGCUACGGUAUACCGGAGCUCGGAAUUCCACCACUGGAACCGCUUCAACUCGACGAGAUUGAUAUAGACAUUGAUAAUCCAGAGAUAGGGAACGUGACUCUGGUGAUCGAGAAUCUGGUACUGCACAAUCUCUCCACGUUUGUAAUCAACAAGGCAAAGCUUUCCCUAUUAGGACCUACAAUCACCGCCAACGUUUCCAUUCCACAUGUGUUCGUGGAAGGCCUUUAUAAUAUAUCCGGCGUCGUUGGGAACAUGCUCAACCUAUUCGGGGAUGGCCCAUUCAAUGCCGAUGUCUACGACUUUCAGAUUUAUGUGAACACUAUGUUGGGAUACAACAGGGGCAUGUACCUAAAAACCUUUGACCUUGACUUCAAUCUAGAUUCCCUCGAUGUCCGGCUGGAGAAUUUUAUGGGGGAUGAAGAGCUCUCCAGAAUCAUGAGCAAGGUGUUCCAGCAGCUUACGCCGAAGGUGGUGGACAUUAUUAAACCAGACAUACUUCCGGGCAUCCAGGAUUACAUAGCCGGAAGAGUUAAUGAGACGAUUCAUCAUCUCACCAUGAGGGACAUAUUUAACGUUCUCGUGGGGCAGAAUGAAAUUCGAGAUUUCGCGGACUUAUUGGUGUUCUAGGAAUAUGUAUUAAUCUAUCUACAGUUUCUCGAACACCAUUUGCAAACUUUCUAAAAAAUAAGCAUCUCGAUAUAGAUUUAUGUAAUAAUUAUUUUUUUAAUUGAUACAGAUUCCUUAUUAGUGUAUCGCUUACCAGUAGAAUCAUUUAAUGACUAAGAUAAGUGUAGCCCAUUCGGGAAGUUAGCCAGAAUUUGUUAUUGUUUUCCUCGGAACUAAUAGAGGUAUAUGGUUCACUUAUUUAAGUAGAAAGAUAAACCUGAGAGAAUAUAGAGAUUAAUUUACUUUAUCAACAAGGAAGGUAGGGAGAUUACCCUCUAAGCAAAUAGUUCUGUAUUUGUAUUGAUCUCGCGUUAUCUAAAAAUCGAAUUCUCUUGAGGUAGAGAGUGUGUGUAGAAGAUCGUGCACAGAGCUGUGUGCAUGAAAAGGUAUGGAGGAUGGAAUGUAUCAGGUACUUUAAUUAAUGGUAUUGGCGUAGUUCGGUUUCAACUCUGCAACGAGAUUUGACAAACGAUGUUAGAAUAAUAUUGCCAGAGGUAGCCGCGAGUACUGUAAAAAGUUUCCCCUUGUCAGAGGAGUGUUCAAGUUUCAGCUGAGAGCUACUUAGUGACAGGAAAAGUGGGCUAGCAAGAUGAGAGCGCUAAGUUCACAAUGUCUUGCAUUAGCAGCGAACGAGAAUGGAGUUAGAGAGGUUUCUUCGAAGAAGAUCAUCGCGGCUGACGAUACCAUUGUUCCUGAUUGGACAAUGAUCUUGAGCAAAUUAGCCGCACUGUGUCUUGAGAGCAUUGACCUCUCACUGAAGGUAGAGAAGAGAUAGGCAAGUAAAUAGUGACCUGCACUCUCAAAAUAAUUCUAAAAUGAUAUAUGUUCACUAGAUAUAUUUGAAGAAAUUUUUAAUAAGGAGAUUGUUGUACUUUAGUAUAGGUUGGGUGAGUGUGAAGAAUACUAGGCAGAUUUAUACAUAUAAUUGUUAGAAAAGAGCUUAGUAAAGCUUGAGCAGUCUUUUGGCGUAACUCUUAGGUAGGAGUUUUCAAAAUAUUUUUUAGUAUGUUGGAAAUAUAUGAACUAUUAUAAAUUGUU